GGCGAUACCGAGAGAGUGAGAGAAAAACGGCGGCAUUUUUGUGUUUACCGACGUAAAAUAAUAGCAGCUCUUGCGCGCGCGGCAGUGAGGUUAGGUUUUCGGCGCAAGCGCGAGGUUAACUCAGGUUAACUAUCGCGAGGAAUCGUCCGCUCGGUAGACCAGACGUCAGCAAAGUCGACGGCUCCACGUGUCUAGAUGCGCGGAUAUGAUUUUUUACUUCUUAAUGUAAGGGACACCGCUCGUUAGCAGCUCGUUAGUGCGCUCCUCCUGCAUGAACACCCGCAAUCUUAUUCGCAAACAUGCUGCUGCUGAUAGUCGCGUGCAAGGUGCUCUGCGUACUUGUCCUCUUGCCGAUUCUGCUGGUGAAGUGGAGAAAAUUUUACUCGAGGAAGCGCGAGGAGCGACUGCGGACCGGAACGGUCGUCGGGAUCUUCCAUCCGUACUGCAACGCGGGCGGCGGAGGCGAGAGAGUGCUCUGGGCUGUGGUUCAGGCUAUACAAAAUAAAUACCCUGAUGUACAUAUAGCUAUAUACACCGGCGACCUAGACGCGGAUCCCGAGAGGAUCGUCAGCAAGACCGAGAGGUCGUUCAACGUGAAACUGCGGCCCAACAUCGAAUUCGUCUACUUGCACGGGCGCAAGUGGGUGGAGGCCUCCACGUAUCCUUACUUCACGCUUUUGGGGCAGAGCCUGGGGUCCGUUUGCCUCGGCAUCGAGGCACUGAACAAUCUCACGCCAGACAUAUACAUCGACACGAUGGGCUAUGCGUUCACGUAUCCUCUAUUCAAAUACAUCGGUGGAUGCCGAGUCGGAUCGUACACGCAUUAUCCCACCAUUUCGACUGACAUGUUGACGUACAUCUACAAGAGGCUCGCCGGGUACAACAAUCGAGGUCUCAUCGCCAGAAAUCCUUUUUUCUCGCACGCGAAAGUCGUUUACUAUAAAUUAUUCGCGCGUUUGUACGGAUUGGUGGGUAGUUGCUCCGAGAUCACGAUCGUGAACUCCUCGUGGACCGAGGACCAUAUCAACGCUAUCUGGAAGUGUCCGUUGAAAACGCACCGAGUGUAUCCCCCGUGCAGCGUGGAGCAUCUGACGCAGCUGCCGUUUCUCAGCGACGAGGAGAAGGGCGACUGCACGCGCAUACUGGCGAUCGCGCAGUUCAGACCGGAGAAGAAUCAUCCGCUCAUGUUGAGGGCGAUGUUCGAGCUGAGGUCUAUUCUUACGGAGGAGGUCUGGGAAAAUGUCAAGUUAAUCUGCAUCGGUUCCUGCCGAGACGCCGAGGACGAGAGGCGCGUCAAGGAUAUGGAGGACCUGGCUAAACACUUGGCAUUGGAAAAGAACGUCGAGUUCAAACUGAAUGUACCGUAUUCCGAGCUCGCAUCCGAGAUGCAGAGAGGAUCCAUUGGUCUGCAUACAAUGUGGAAUGAACACUUUGGUAUCAGCAUCGUGGAGUGCAUGGCCGCGGGAUUAAUCAUGGUGGCCCAUGCUUCCGGCGGUCCCAAGGCAGACAUUAUAGAAACGCGAGCGGGCAGUGUAACUGGUUUCUUGGCAGAGGACGAGAUAGAAUACGCCAAGGCGCUAGCGUCCAUCAUACAUAUGCAUCCAAAGGACCGAGAUGCUAUUAGAAUUGCUGCCAGAUCGUCUGCAAAUCGUUUCUCCUCUCAGAUCUUUGAGAAGGAAUUCCUACGAGCGAUCGAGCCGUUCUUCAGAUCGAACCAAGAGUAGCGUUUGCCUUACGGAUUGGUCUAAAAGUCUGGUAAAUUACGGAUGUGUGUUUGUGCGUGUGUAUGUGUGCGCGCGUGAGUAUAUACAUUACUCAUUUCAAAAUUAUUUCGAA